AUAGCCUCGAGGAGAAACCGCGCGAGCUCCCUGUAAAAAAAUAAAAAAAAAUCCUGCCGCAUCGGUGAGAAGCAUGAAUGACUGGAGACGGAGCUUUCUGCUCGGCGGAAGGCUUCACAAAAGGGGGCCAUUGUUGCCCGCAGAUGCCCGUCACUGGCGCAGUCUCUCUUUGAGGGCUCUCCAAUAGCAGCGCGCGGCGAGGAGGGCGGAGCUUGCUGCCCCCCUCUUUCCCAUUCUCCCCCCUCCUCACCCACACCGGCUCAGUCAGUCAGUGUCCCACCGAAUUGGAAGAGCUCAAACCGAGCGGCGGAGCUCGGAGCGCACCGGUGAUGUUCUGGGGGCUGCUGGGUAGGUGAGGCAUGCGCGCGCGCGGGAGGUCCGGGCAGGUGUGAGACCUGUGGCGCUCCCUGGAGGGGGAUUUCUUUUUUUUCUUUCUUAUUGCCCGCGGCCGGACCUGGCACUCUCCAGCCACGCACGGACUGAUCCGACCGUCGGAGCAUGGAACACAAAGCCCGUGCUCGUGAGCGCGCCAGCCCCUUUCGGGAGCCUCUCCAGCUGACCGUGCGCUCGGACACCCCCUGGUCGCUUCGAUGAGGGCGCCUGCUCGGUGAUCCUCCUCUUUCACGCAGAUUGUUUUGUUUUUUGUUGGUCGCAUCCCGGAUUAAUCUGCCCCCCCUGGACGUCCUUUGUGACAAAGGGCUGAACAGAGAGAGUGCGCGGAGGGCGACAGAAGGGGGGGCUUUGGCUUCGCGAUGGCAGGCGGCCCGCCCGAAGCGCAGGACCACCCGCCGGAGAACGGCUUCACCCCGCUGGAGCGCCCGGCGCCCCGGCUGCUGCCGCACAUCGACGGCUGCGUGCUGCCGUCUCUGGGGGGCUUCGGGAGGCAUCAGAAGCAUCUGGUGGUCCUGACCUGGAUACCGGCAUUGUUCAUCGGCUUCAGCCAGUUCUCGGACCAUUUUCUCCUCGCGCAGCCCACCAGCACGUGCCUGCAGCCGCGCGGCGGCAACGCCAGCAACUGGACCGCGGUCCUCCCUCCGACGGCGUCCGCGAGCGGCUCGCCCGCGCGCCAGUUCAAAGGCAACGACAGCGCGGAGGAGCCGCCUUGCUCCUGCAAGGAGUGGAAGCUGGAGCUGCAGACGGGACUCAGGCAGAACGUGGUUACCAAGUGGAAUCUGGUCUGUGACUCGGCUUGGAAGGUCCAUAUUGCCAAGUUCUCCCUGCUUGUUGGCUCAAUUUUUGGCUACCUGGUGAUGGGUGUCAUGGCUGACUGGUUCGGUCGACACCCGGUGUUGAUCCUGUCGGUGCUUUUCAUGCUGGUGUUCGGUCUGACUGUAGCCUUCUCUGUAAAUGUCACCAUGUUCAGCACAUUGCGCUUCUUUGAGGGUUUCUGCUUGGCGGGCCUCGCUCUCUCCCUCUAUGUGCUCAGGAUUGAGCUUUGUUUGCCAGCCUGGCGCUUCUCCAUGACCAUGGUGGCCAGUUUUCUGAAGGUGGGCGGGCAGCUAUUGAUGCCAGGAGUAGCUGCUCUCUGCCACCAUUGGCCAAACCGGGAUGACUGGCAGGUGCUGCAGAUAGUCAUUAUCAGCCCUUUCGUUCUGAUGCUGCCCUACGUGUGGAUUUUUCCCGAGUCGCUGCGCUGGUUGCUGGCCACCCAGCACUACAAGCGAUCCAAAGAAAUGAUGCUGCGCAUCGCAAGGAAGAACCGGGUAGACAUGUCCACAGAACCAAGCGGACUUCUUACAGAACUGGAGCAGGAGUUGCACAAGAAACCCCAGCGGAGCUGCAUAGUCCGGAUGAUGAGCACCAGGAACCUGUGGAAGAACAUCGUAGUGCUGUGUGUCAACUCCCUGACAGGUUACGGGAUUCACCACUGCUUCGCUCGCAGCAUGAUGGACCCCGAGGCCCAGCCCACGGCGCUCUGCCACGCCGACUACUACACCAUGGCUGGCAUCGCUGUGGCCACCUGCCUGGCGCUUUGCCCCGCUGUGGGGCUGAUGGGUCGGCGUGGAGGGCUGCUCACUUUCAUGAUCAUAACGGCUCUGGCAUCACUGCUACAGUUGGGUCUGCUAAACUUAAUUGGGAAGUACAGCCUUCGCCACGACACAGUCCUGCGCGACACGCUGAACAGGAAGUUUUCGGUGGCCUUCUCAAUCAUCGGGAUGUUCUCCUCUCAUGCCGUCAGCACGCUCAGCAUUUUCUUUUGUGCUGAAAUCACCCCCACCGUCAUCAG